AUGGAUGAAGAGUCUGGAGAUCCUUCGCAGCUUCUCUGUAUGGAGGAAGGACUGGUGGAAGCUUCGGCUGAAGAGUCUGGAGAUCCUUCGCAGCUUCUCUGUAUGGAGGAAGGACUGGUGGCAGCUUCGGCUGAAGAGUCUGGAGAUCCUUCGCGGCUUGUCUGUAUGGAGGGAGAAGGGCUGGUGGCAGCUUCGGCUGCAGAGUCUGGAGAUCCUUCGCAGCUUCUCUGUAUGGAUGAAGAACUGGUGGCAGCUUUAGAGGACUCGAGAAAAGACGUCCGAAAGGCAACCAGAGUUAUGGUGGUCGAGAGUGACAGGGCGUCGUUGAAGGAGAUGGAGAGCUUGAUGGUUCAGUGGGACUACGAUGUUACAUCAGUGGAUAAUCCGAUAACGGCUGUUCAGAUGUUGAAGGAACGGAAAAGCUGCGUCGAUCUUGUGUUGUCGAACAUUUUCAUGCCUGAAAUGGAUAGUUUGGAGUUCUUGGAAAUCGUCACCAACCACUUGGACUUGCCUGUUGUUUUUGUAUCAGAUAAUGCUGAUCAGGAGAGCCUUCUCAAGGCAACACUUAGUGGUGUGAAGGCCGUAAUGUUGAAGCCGCUUUACCCUCAUGUGCUGAGAAACCUGUGGCAGCACGUUCUGCGGCACAGGAAGUUUAAACUCAGGAAGAGAGAUCCCCAUGGCAAAGCUGCCGUCACAGAGGCUGAAGCAGGCACUGCCAGUAAGCAGACGGCGCCUGCGCCUGAAUCUCCGCCACCAUCUCAGAAAUGGAAGAAGAGGUUCAUCUGGACGACGGAUCUGAAGAAGAAGUUCGCUUUUGCUGUAGACCAGUUGGGUUUUGAAAAUGCCACUCCUUCGAAGAUACUCGACAUUAUGGGUGUUACAGAGCUGACAAGGAAACAGAUAGGCAGCAGAUUGCAGAAACACAGAAUUUACCGAAGAAAACGAGAGGCAGAAGGUAAAGAACAUAAAGAUCGUCCCGUUUCUGGUGGCCUUGGUUCUUCCACAGGUCCUCGUCUAGCAAACCAAGCGACACAGCCUUUACCUCCCACAGCUGUAGCGGAACCGCAAAGUGGCUCUCUUGGUCCUUUCACCAACAUGCCUAGUUACUAUAGCAGUUUCAGGGCAGAUGAUAGAAGAGGGUUGGGGACUUAUGGACUGAUGAAGUCUACUGAUCCAGCAAGCGUUAUAGGAAGGGCACCAUCCUUCAUGCAGGAGCAGAGACACCAGGGAAAUGAAAGCGUCCUUCAAAAUCCACCAAUGCCAUCCUUCAUGCAGGAGCAGAGAAACCAGGGAGAUGAAAGCAUCUUUCAAAAUCCAUAUAUAGCCCAAUCAGGAUACGAUCCUACUUCAACCAUGUGGAGUUCGAGUUCAAAUUUGAACCAUGGUGACCAUGAACUUCUGCCAUUCCAUGGAUAUGCUUUUGGUCAGCAAGCUGCAAAUAAUGAUCAGUUAAAUUUGGCUAGCACAUCUCAUUUUGGAGUAGCUCCUGGUUCUAAUACUGGAUUGAUGGUGGAUGGUUUUCAGUUUGAUGGUCAGCAUGCAGGAACAAGUGCAGUCAUAUCUCAUAAUAUGCAUGAACAGAGUACUGGGUAUCCACUGGCAGCAUUCGAAACAGGAAGCGAAGGCAUUAAUCAAAUAUUUCAAUGUGCUCAGAAUGAGCUUCCAGGUUUAAGCAAUGCAACUCAACCAUUCACUAGCCCUUUUGGUACGGACCCCAUGAACUCCACCCAUAUAAGCCUUGGAAUGCAUGAUAUGCCAAUCACACCCUUGCCAGGACAAAUGCAGAAUCUUGGUGAUCUGUAUGGAAAUGCAAAUUCAUAUUUGGAUAACAUGAAUGCUAGGUCAUCCAUAAACACUUUCUCUGACCUUGAGAGAAUGUUAAAUGACCUGAUAGUACCACCUGAAUCUCAACUUCAGCCAUCUGAUUUAGACAGCUUUUUUCCUGUGGACGACCAAGAUUACGGGCCUGAUAAUGGUACAGCACCACCUGAUCAACUUAAUCAGGAAGCCAUUGCUUUCAUUACUUCUACCCUUUCCCAAGAAGUGCUGGUGCAUGUUCCUGAUGAGUGUUCAGCGAAGGAAUUAUGGGACAAGCUUGUCAAAACUUAUUCACAGAUCUUGGAAGCUAGCAUCUCUUGUCUUCAACGAGAAUUUCAUAGGCUCUCAAAAGUAUUGUUGCCUAUCAUGGAGCAUUUGAAUUGGAUUAUAUCUACUUUUGACCAGUUAGCUGCUAGGGCAUAUGAGCUGGCCGAAAAGGAUGAAAUUUGCAGGACAUUGGGUGGAUGGACGUGGACCAGAAUAUCAUGUGCUACCCACUUCACUACAAUGUUUGCCAGAGCUUCUUCCAUUUGA